UACCCCCCUCUAGGAUGAAGGGUUUAAUAUCGGCUAUAUAAGCAAGACGAUCAGCAGAUUUCACCGGCUUCGAAGAAGUCCACAUCGGUUGAAUAGGGAGGUAGACGUGAAUUAAAACGCAAUUUCUAGCCAGUGAAAUGGCUAAUUCAAACCCUGUGCCCCGUUUGUAUAAAACGGUGGUAGAGGAUGUCAUCACCAAUGUCAGGGAAGCUUUCCUGGAUGAAGGGGUGGAUGAACAAGUUCUACAGGAGCUCAAACAGUUAUGGGAAAACAAACUACAGCAGUCACGGGCCCUGGAUUCUGGCCCUGAGCCUGCGGAACAGUUGAUGAUCCCCUCCACAAUUCAGUAUAUGCCUCAGCAGGUCCAGAGUGCCCCAGUCAAACAGCAGUUCAUAGGAACCUCGGGAGUAGUCACACAGAACAUGCCAGUCCCUGUACAAAUAGCCAGCCAGGACAUUAGUCAGCCCGCUGCAGCAGCCCACAUGGCAUUACCUCAAGGAGUCUUUCAGCAACAGUUACAGGCAUUGGCCUCUCAAGGCCUUACUCUCCAACCAACAGGGAAUGGUCAGUUUAUAAUCCAGGCCUUACCACAACAAGCUGCCCCUGGUCAACAGUUAGGGGCGCACCAGUUACAGCAGGUGACGAUAUCACAAGGGGGGAUCCCCACCAUGAUCCAACAGCAGCCCCAGCCCCAACAACAGCAGAAGACACAUCAGGUUUUACAGCUUGAUGGUGCUGGAGACUCGAGUUCAUCAGAAGAUGAGGAUUUUGAUGAUGACGACGAUGACAAUGACAAUGACGAUGAUGUCAAAGAAGAAGACAAUGAUGAGCAGGGAGAAGAAGAGGAGCCCCUGAACUCUGAUGAUGAUGUCAGUGACGAGGAUCCUUCAGAUCUGUUUGACACAGAUAACGUGGUUGUGUGUCAGUAUGACAAGAUAAACAGAAAUAAAAACAAAUGGAAGUUUCAUUUAAAGGACGGAAUCAUGAAUCUCAAUGGCAAGGACUUUGUCUUUCAAAAAGCAACGGGAGACGCAGAAUGGUGACGUGUGUGUACAAAUUCAAAGGGUUAUAUGGAUUGUUUAUUGACUUGACAACUCGUCAACAUUGAUUCUGAGGAAAGGGAGGAAAACACUGUGUGUGUUGUCUAUUUUUAUUCCCCAGAAGGAGGUGCUAGGUUUUUGGUAAGAAGAGGUGCAGGCGAUGUAGUACUUCGUUCAUUGGGUAAAGCAAACCCAGAAAGAGGAAAAAUAUAGAGAGUUUAUAGAAGAAAAAAAUGUUUGGAGCAUUGUUGUAAUGUACCAGCCCCCAUAUCCCAAUCAUUAUCAGAAAGUCUUGUUUUUAUGUCAUUUUGUGUCCCUAUAUUUCAUGUUUUCCAAUUUGGACAAUUGAUUUGUUCCUAUUCUGUGAGAUACUCACUGAUUCUGCAAUACAUGUACAUGUAAUCAUAAUUAAUGCCCAGGUUAAUAUUGAAAAAAAAAAAAUGAAAAGAUUUUAAUCUUAUUUUUGUCAGGAAGUAAUCUUGUGACCUGUGAGAUACAUGUAGAUACAUUUAUUUCAUUUUCCUUGUCAAGACUUUAUUAAUAAAAUUAGUUAACCCUAGACACAUAUCAUGGUAUGUAAGAAAGGAGUUUUCAUAUAUAUAUGCGGCUUGCCAGAGUAAAAAACACUUUUGUCUAAUAUAAGGGUUUUAUAUUUGGUCUAAAACUGAUAUUUAUUGUUUAAUCCAAUAUUCUUUGAGUUCUUUUAAAAUAUGAAUGAAUAGUUAAUUUUCCAAAAAUUAUACCAUUAUUAGUUUUCAGGCAAUAUCCCAGUCAGGUUUUUUGUUUGUUUUCUUCUAAUGUUUUGACUGUUUAGGUUGUUGGUAUACAAUAAAUCAAGGCCUCGGUCCAUGGUACGGGUUAUUUUUCUUUGAUUUUUCUUAAGAUCUAUCUUUUAUUAGUAGAAAAAAAUUAUUAAAAGGGCAUAAAUUGUGGUAGACAUUUUUAUAUGAUGAAGACUUUUAAAAAUAUUUUGAUUAAGUGUGAAACACCAGUAGUCAAUCUUCCAUAUCACAAAAAGUUUUGAAAUAUUUUAAUCAUCAUUAUUUUGAACAGCAGUACUGUAAAGAGAAAUGAUUUUGUACAGUAUAUUCUUGCUUAGAUUUUAGAGUCCCAUACUCUUGAGCUUAUUUUUCCAAAAAGUUUCUUGACACCAUUCAAUAUUGUUGUAACUCAGAUAAUUUAUCAAGUGAAAAAUAUUUUUUGAUGUUUAGUAAUUACAUAUGUCUGUUAACAUGGUUAAAAGAUAUACUUUGCUAGUCAUAUACGGUACAUUGUCUUGUCAGUGAAUUUCCAUGUCCAUUGAUGCAUCUACGUCAAUUUUUUUACUUGCCAUUGCAUGGUUGCUUUUUAUACUCACUGAAGUGUAAACAAUUAGUGAAUAAGGAGCCAAAAUUCUAACAAUUAUUAAAUCUUAUUUUUUCAUGAACAUAACAAUCAUUGACCAAUGUUAUUGAACCAAAUUAAUUAAUUAAGCUAUGAACUAAAAAAAAUUACAUUCAUUAUUUGCAAAUGAAAGGUACAUGUAGAAACCAUGCUUUAUGUGUUUUGCCUUCAUUUUAUGUUGGUAAUGUAGUUUGUUUGAACUCAUGCAUGAUAAUUUUCAAAGGGAUGGUUAUAUAGGACCCAUAAGAAGGGAAGGAGGAGGAGGAGGAGGGGGGGGGGGGGGGUCAAGGCCCAGAGGGACCUUAGACCAAUAUAGUUGAAUCUAUAGUAUGCAUAAUGUCCAGGGUCCUGUUUCAAAGUAGUAUAGUAGAAGACAUAUUUAGAAAUUAUGGGUGCUUUGAAGUUAAAACAAAAAGUAAAACAUAUAAGAUAAACUGCUAUAAUGGUUGUGAGGAUGAUCUCCAUAAUGUAUUUACCGACUCGAAUAUCUUACUGUGAACCUCUACGAUGCUAGAGAAGGAAUUGAGUUAUCUCAGAUACUUGGUGUGAGAUCAGUAAAUUUAUUUAGCCAUUGGCUUGUCACAAAAAUUCAGAGGAAAUGAUUGAUAUUCUAGUCAAGUUGUUGAUGGAUUUUUGGUAUGCACCAAGUUUUUUAACCUGAUAAAUUGGAUGUUAAGCAUAACAAACAUUUAGAAAGAGAACAUACAAUUGUAGUAUUUUUGUAGGAGGUAUUGAAUGUCUUUGUAUCAAAAUGUAAAAUAAAUGUACACAUAACAUUUAUUAUGCUUGCGUCAGGCAUACAGCAAUACCUUUUAAUGUCACAUUUUUUAUGGCAUUUGUAAGUUUGCUUAAUGUUAAAUUCAGUCUUAUAUGAACGCUAGGUUAGUCAAAGAAAGACAACUCAUCUAAUGUUAUGGUACAUGGACAGAGUUGCUUUUGUCAAUGAUUUUAGUUUGAUUAAGUUAUUAAAUUGUUGGAACAGCUUAUGCUUUCUUUGUUUUCUUUUUUUGUAUAAAAGUUGUUUGUUUGGUUUUUUUUUUGUCAAUUUUGUAAACCUGGAAAAGGAUCUGUUUUUGUAAGUUUCAAUUUUGUCAAAAUGAAAAAAAUUGUAAUAAUCAUGAACUAAAGAUUUUUUUUACUUUUUUCAAGGUAAUAUUUUGAUCAGCAGUACACAUAUGUACUAGUGCAUUGUAUUUGUGAUCUUUUUCUUUAAUAAUCACAGAAUCGAUAUGAUCCAUUGCAAAUCUUGAGAUUUUGUCUACCUUUAAAUGUUGUUAUUUUGUGUAUGAGGUGGUAAAAAUGUGGUACACGUGUUAGACAUAUCGUUGUUUUAUAACCUACAAAGCAUCAUGUCGGGUACUUUACAUGAAUCUGGAACUUCCUUCAGUAAUUAUACCCCCGCUCCAAAGGAGAGGGAGUAUACUGUACUUACCCUUAUGUGUCUGUAACAAAUUUUCGUCUUGGUUUCCUUUGCAACUACUUAAAUUUUGGCACACUGUUUAGGCAUGUCAUAUAGUUUUUGUUUGAAUUGGAUGUCAACUUCCUAUUCAUCUCUGCAUCUGUCCACACUGUAUUUCCUUCCCAGUUUUCUGUAACAGCAAAUACUCACGGCAAAAGCUUGAAAUUUCAGCACACUCUUUGUUUAGGCAUGCAUUACGAUGGGAUUUUUUUUUUAUAUGAAUCAAAUGUUAACUUCCUGUCUAUCUGUCAGUACCAAGUUUUCAUUCACAUCAGAGCGGGGGCAUUACUGAUUUGCAAUGACUCACAAACUUCCUGUUUGUUCAAUUUCUCUCAUCAAGAUAUGUACAUGUACAUGUAUAAAUGGCCAGAUCAUGUGGUGUACUGGUCGUGUACAAUUUUUUUAUGUUCAUGCAUUACAUGUAUGUGCCAUAAGAUUUGACCAUUGAAAACUUGUGUCCAAAAACUGUACAUGUCUACAGAUACUGCUUGUUAGAUGAGUAUUAUGAUUUAUAUGAUCUUUUGGUGCACCCUUGUUUCAUUUGUAUGUAACUUAUUACUACAAUAAAGAGUUUAUAUAAAAAAA